UUUAAAUUUUCUUAUCUCUUUCUUUCCACACUGUUUUAUCUUUUUUCCUUCUUCACUCUUUCGUUCUCGUUAAUGGCGACUUGUUCAGUUCUCUCUUCGGUUCUUAUCUUCUUCUACAGCAAUCUUCUGAUAUGGAACAAUGGCGUCUUUGUCGAAGCAUCUCACAGGGUCUUCCCUCAGUACCAGCCUCUCGCAGUCUCAAAAGUUAGCCAACGUUACAGAACCGGGUAUCACUUUCAACCCUCCAAGCACUGGAUUAAUGACCCAAAUGGACCAAUGUAUUACAAUGGCAUCUACCAUCUAUUCUACCAAUACAACCCCAGAGGUGCUGUAUGGGGCAACAUCGUGUGGGCCCAUUCAGUAUCAACCGAUUUGAUCAACUGGGCCCCGCUCGAACCGGCUCUCUACCCAACCGAACCAUUCGACAUCAACGGAUGCUGGUCCGGGUCGGCCACAAUCCUCCCAGGCAAUAAGCCUGUUAUCCUCUACACAGGCAUCGACACGCAGAACCGGCAAGUUCAGAACAUAGCGGUGCCGAAGAACCUGUCGGACCCGUAUCUCCGGGAGUGGACGAAGCCUGGUCACAACCCGCUGAUGGUGCCGGCGGGAGACAUUAACGUCAGCUCAUUCCGUGACCCCACGACUGCAUGGUGGGGAAAUGGACAUUGGAAAGUUUUGGUUGGGAACAAGAGAGGACGAAGAGGGAUGGCUCUUCUGUACAGGAGUAGAGACUUCGUAACAUGGAAGAAGUCGCCUCAUCCUCUGCACUCUGCGCCGGGAACGGGGAUGUGGGAGUGCCCGGAUUUCUUCCCUGUUUCAUUGGCCGGAGAAGAAGGACUAGAUGCAUCAAGAACUGGGGUGGGUGUUAAGCAUGUUUUGAAGGUCAGCCUUGAUUCUUCAAGGUUUGAGUACUACACGGUGGGCAGAUAUUUCCCGGAGAAGGACCGAUAUAUUCCUGAUAACACAUCUGCAGAUAAUGCAAUGGGGCUGAGGUUUGAUUAUGGCAACUUCUAUGCGUCCAAGACAUUCUUUGAUGCUGGGAAGAAGAGAAGGAUUUUAUGGGGCUGGACUAAUGAGUCUGAUACUGCUGCAGAUGAUGUUGCUAAAGGUUGGGCUGGAAUUCAGACAAUUCCGAGGAAACUGUGGCUUGAUAAGAGUGGAAGACAGAUAGUCCAGUGGCCCAUCCAAGAACUUGAAGCGCUAAGGCAAAAUGGAGUUCAUUUGAGAAAGGUACAUCUCAGAAAGGGAGGGAUUGUUGAAGUUAAAGGAAUAACAGCUGCACAGGCUGAUGUUGAAGUCACCUUUAGUUUGCCAAACUUGAAGAAAGCUGAGCCCUUUGAUCCUAGUUGGGAUGAUCCACAACAGCAAUGUAGUCGAAGGGGAGCUACUGUUGAAGGUGGCGUAGGACCCUUUGGGUUGUUGGCAUUAGCUUCCAGAAACCUUGAUGAAUACACAUCUAUUUUCUUCAGGGUUUUUAAAGCACAAGACAAACAUGUUGUGCUUAUGUGCUCUGACCAGACCAGGUCUUCACUAAGGACAGAAGUAUAUAAACCAGCAUUUGGAGGCUUUGUUUAUGUAGAUUUAGAAGAUGGAAAGCUGUCUCUAAGGAGUCUGAUUGAUAACUCUGUGGUUGAAAGCUUUGGUGCUGGAGGGAAGACAUGCAUUACAUCUCGUGUUUACCCUAUCUUAGCAGUAGCUGAGGGUGCUCAUUUGUAUGCAUUUAACAAUGGGUCUGAGCCUGUUCAACUUGUGAAGCUGAAAGCGUGGAGCAUGCGGAGACCCCGGAUGAAUUGAAUGGAAGAUAGAUAAACUAGGAGGAUUAUUUAGCUGCAAGUCUUCAAACUUGGAGAUACGUGCAGGAAUUUUGUAUGCAGUUUUCCUGUAGUAUUGUUCCACCAUAAAAGAAAAAUCAACUUGAAGCUCUUCUGUUGUCAAAACCCUAAAGGUUGAAAGACUGGCUUCAAGUCUUACGUUACUUUGCUCUAGUUUUUGUUUUACUUUUGUCUUCAUUGUAAC